AUUUGGAGCGGUGAACGCGUGUUUUGAACGCGAAUUUUGCGCGCGAAAUCGGGAUUGUUUUUUUAGUGUUUGCAGUUGUGUGAUUUUGAAAAGAUAUCAAUUACAUCGAUAAUCUUCGAGAUGGCGUUUUUCAAAGCUCUGACCUUCCUCCUCCUCGCAACCCUGGCCAGCUGUGAGCCGCCUGUCAGAUACAACUACCGCGGUCGAAGCACUUACCAGUCCGGCUACAACGCUCCUAGCAACACCUACCUACCUCCUGUAGACACAGGGUUCAGCUCACCCAGCAACAGCUACCUACCGCCCAGCAGCUUCGGAGGACAGUACGAGGACAACAACCAUGGACAUGAUCAUGGACACGACCAUGGACAUGACCAUGAAGUGCCCAAAUCGUAUGAGUUCGGGUACUCGGUGAAGGAUGCCCAGAGUGGCAACGACUACGAUCGUCGAGAGAGCUCCGAUGGUAACGUGGUACGAGGGGAGUACAGAGUAGCCCUCCCUGACGGACGCACGCAGAUUGUGACAUACCACGCUGACUGGAAGACGGGCUUCCACGCCGACGUCAGGUACGAGGGGGAAGCGCGAUACCCCGAACCUACCAGGAACCACAACCAAGGCUACAACUACCAGCAACCCUCGGACUUCAGCGGUUCCCUCACCGGCUUCGGAUCCAGACCCUCCACCGCCUACGGACCUCCUGGAUACCAUUGACCACCAAAUGUUUAGUUAGUUAUAAUGUACGCAAAUAUUAUAAGGUGAAGACCGCCGAUUCUGAUACAUCACAAAGACUAGCUACGGUUCCAAUCCCAACUGACAACCAAUAUUUUUUGUUACCUACUUAUUAACUCUUUAAGUAGCUUGCACAACUGACAUGCCAGCCGCGUACAAAAUUACUGGCAAACGAACUGGCAUGCAAGUAUUUUGCACGUGGCUGGCAAGCCAGUUGUGCAAGCUACAUGCAUGUGUAGAUAUCCCGUACUUGUAGCUGUAGCUACACAACUUGACGUUGAGUUUGGAUCGAGCAUAAACCAACCAUUUUUAGCCUAAGCUUAUAAGACACGCAGUGUAUACGAUUUUCUGUGGGAUCAAACCACGGUCAAUUAGACUGGCCCUCAGCGCACCAAAUACCUAAAGGCCGUUUAUACCGUUAUACGUGCACAAUUUAUUAACUGGGUACGUAGCCAAAUGCACAAACGCUGACAAUAUAUUAUCUGUUUCUUAGACUAUGGUUCUUGCGUAUUGGCGCGACAGAGCCAGACUGCAUUUCUGUCGGCGUCUGGCGUCGACGAUUACCAUUCGGCUACGGCCGGCAACAGACGAGUCUUAAUUUUCAUAAUCUUAAAAAAAAUUGUAUGCAAACUGACACUGACAGAUCUGUCAGUGUCAGUUUGAACUGUCAAUUUGCAUACAAUUUUUUUUUAAGAUUAUGAAUUUUUAAGACUGUCUGUUGCCGGCCUACGCCGGCUGCUUGGCUUACAGCAAGAGACCCCACGGGUCUACUGUUACCGAUUUGAUCGGUUUGACCCUGAUAUUAUAUACUUAGGGAAAAUAAAUUAGUUCUGUUCCACCAUCAAACAUACAACAACACAUGA